AUGAUUGUGGAACCAGAAAGCUUGUAUUUCUACCACUUAACGCUGCAGCGGCAAACGAACUUUGUGCAUUGUUGUGUGGGCCAUUUUGUAGACUACAAACCUCACCAAUUACACACCAAUGAUGGAGCAGCCAAGAAGCGAAAAAGUCGACGAGAGCUACAGUUUUGCAUCGCAACUGAAACACAUAUUGAACUUUAUGAUGUGGAAGAAGGAAACCUUAAUAGAAUAUUUGUCUUGCCUAUAUUUGCUACCAUCACCUCUAUGCAACGUUUGCCGACAGAAAACAAUUAUUCCUACCUUGCGUUGGUGUCAGACUCAGGCAAUUUGACGAUAGCACGCUUCGUGUAUGAUGCAGGAAUCAUCAGGCUUCACACACUAUUCAAUGAACCUUUUGCGAGAAGUGGUAUUAGGCGACUCUCCCCACAAGCCCAUUUGGACGUCGACCCGCAUGGACGUUGCAUUUUACUAUCGGCGUUCGAAAAGAAUAAACUGUGCUAUUUAACUGAGUUCAAAAACAACGAAUUGUCUGUUUCUUCACCCUUGGAAGCUAAUAGACCCAAUUUCAUAACUUUGGACACCACCGCUUGCGAUGUGGCCUUUGACAAUCCAACCUUCGCAUCUAUAGAGGAGGAAUUCACAGAUAAGGCUCGUUCUCUAGUCUUUUACAUGCUUGAUUUGGGACUUAAUCUUCUUACAAAAAAGAAUGAGUAUAGAAUUGCACACGAUGCCAAUUUCAUAAUGGCAGUACCCAAUCUGGAAAAGUAUAAUAUUAGGACGAAGGAGAGUACUUAUGAGGACGUCGAUGAUGAGUUGAACCCGUUCGUUAUUGUGGGCUUCAAAAACCAUAUUACUUUAAGAGACUCUCGGGGUAUUUUUGAUGUCAAGGUUCAACUCCCUAGCAGGAGUUCAAGAUCCACAGACACGAUUAUUAUCGCUGGAAAACUACACAAAUUAAAAAAAGACUUUUUCAUCUUACUUCAGUCACAAGUCGGGGAUCUUUAUAAGGUAAAAAUAGUACCAAAUGCGGAAAAUGCCGGUCCCCUCUUAACAGUGACGUAUUUCGACACAAUUGCUCCGUCAGAGGAUCUUCUCAUCUUUAGAAACGGUUUUCUAUUCUCAAACUCUGAGUUCGGGGACAGUUGUCUUUAUCAGUUCGAGAGUUUAGGCAACGACGAUGACUUCACGAAAAUUUUAACGUCAGAGAACCCGGACAAAACUUUGAAUAUUGAUGUUAGUGAAGAGCCUCAAAACCUUGAGAUUGUUGAUAGGAUUAAAGCAGUCAAUCCUUCAAUAUCAUCUGCGGCUUUAGACACAACACCUUUAACUCUAUUAACACAAACCAAAAACUCCGUUCAGCAGUUGACCACAGGGGUGAACUUGCAGGAAUUCAUCUCGUCUCCCCUUCCGCCAAACUCCAAUGGCAUAUGGACAGUUAGAAUUCCGUCAGAGGGAGAACACAGACUACUGUUUAUAAGUCUCCCGAAAACAACAAUGGUUUUGAAAAUUGAUGAUGGAACUGUCGAAGAAUUAGGAGGAGAGGUAGAGAACUUCAAGAAGGUGGCCGAUAAAACUGUAUUCGUAGGUGUGAUGGGCGAGAGGUCGAUCAUUCAGGUUUGUACAAAUUCGUUAAUUCAAGUAGUGGCUUUGAAAUCAGGAACAGAAUAUCGAACAGAGCUUGAAUGGUUUCCUCCAGCGGGUAUUAGAAUAACGAAAGCAACGUGUACCUCAACUCAACUAGUUCUCGCUUUGUCAAACAGAGAAAUUGCCUAUUUUGAAAUGGAUACAUCUAGUGGAAGUGAUGUUCUAAAUGAGUAUCAAGAUCGAGUUGAAAUGGAAGAGAGAAUUACUUCUAUUACAUUUCCAUCGACCCACCGGGCAGAUUUUCUUGCUGUUGGUGUGGAUGAUUCCUCGGUUAAGAUCCUAAACGUGAAGCACCAAGAUGAAUCAUUUUUGGAAGUUGUUUCUAUGCAGGCACUUGUUUCUUCGCCGCAUGAUUUAAAACUCAUUCAUUCCGGAAAUUCGAUUCAACUUCAUAUUGGACUUACGAGCGGUGUUUAUAUUCGUUCAAAGGUGGACAGUCACGAUGGCCGCCUGUUUGAUGUUCGAACGAGGUACUUAGGAACGAAUCCAGUUAGCGUGUCAAUACUGGAAUCGGUAAAUGUGAGAGGCAAUCUUGAUACCGAGGACGAUGGGGAAGAAGAGAAUAAUGAACAGAUUGAAAGCAACGAAGAUAUCGAUGAAUCAAAUGAUCCAGCAUUAAAAGUUCCUUGCGCAAUUUUGCACUCUAACAGGACAUGGAUCAGCUAUGAAGCUGACAACAUGAUGCUAGUAAGGCCAUUGUUACUGUCUAACACACGAUCCAUAGCCGCUCUUGCACCCUUCAGAACACAGGAAAUGAAGCAAAAUGGGUGCUGUGCGAUAGGUGCAUCAGGAAAUCUUAUCAUUGGGCGCUUGAAUGAUUUUGCUAGUAUUAAUAGUUGGUUUCAGCAGAACACCAUUGUCCCGGAUACCGAGGAUGAGAACAAUGGAGAUAAUGAUAAUGGCAGCGAGCCUGAAUUGAAAGUUUUGGAUGAUUCGAAACUUUAUUCCAAUAGGCGUAUUCUUUCUGAUUUAGACAACAAAAAACUCUCUUAUAUUGUUCAAAAUUCAGUUGAUGGUAAUAGUUGCCGGGUCGGUGUCUGCCGGUCCCAGAAAUUUUUCUCCGUUGAAUCAUCAGAGCAGAGGUACUAUGUCAUUGAAAACUGCACUUGUGUGGAUGCACAAUUGGCAAAGUUUGGAAGCAAUGACCUUCAUCUCAUUUUGUCGACUACAAAUGGUCUACUCAAAACGUUCUUGGUCGACCUUCAAAGAAGAACAGGAGAAAAGACAUUCAACCUAAUCUUUUUACAUGAUACACAAGUAGAUGAUGUCGUCUCGUCAAUGGUCCCUUUCGGAGAUAAAUUGUUGGUCCCAAUCUUUGGAAGUAUAGUGCUGUACGGAAAAGGCAGAAAGCAGCUAUUGAAGAAGAGUAUAACAGCUACUCCGCCCUCGAUUACUAAAGUAACAUCAUUGGCACAAUGGGAAAAUGAUAGGCUGGUUUUGGGUGAUGUUAGUGAGUCAGUGAUGCUCUUCCAGUACGACGCACAACUGAAUCAAUUUAUCAGGCUAGCAGAUGAUGUUAUCAAAAGGUAUGUUGUCGCUGUUGAAUUUCUGGAUAGAUCUACAGUUAUAGGUAGCGACAAAUUUGGUAAUGUUUGGACGUUGCGGCUACCGCAGCAAUAUGAAAGAAUUGUUACUGAGGAAUACGCAAUUUUCAUGAGUAACUACCACGAUCGUCCAUCCUCUGACAUAUCUCCAAACAUCAUGGAAUGUCCGUUCAAGCUUGCGCUGACGAAUCACUUUUACGUUAACGACAUACUCAUAAAGUUCCAUAUUCUGAAAGGCGUUUUGAUGUCUGAUAGACCACUAAUCAUCUACAUUGGAUUGCAAGGAACCGUUGGAUGUUUGAUACCUUUAAUCACCAAGAGGGAAGUUGACUUCUUCGUGAAGUUAGAAAAGACCAUGAGGGACGCAGACGAUUUGUUUUAUCUAGACAAUGAACGUCGACUGGCCAAAGGUAAUGCAGAGGAUAUAGACGACCCAAAUGAAAUAUCAUCAUCUCAAAUUUCUAUCCGGACUGUUAAAUCAAGGCCAGUACUUGAAGGAGCUUAUAGUGUUGUGCUCAGAGAUCAUCUGGCCUAUAGAAGUUAUUAUGCCCCAGUAAAAAGUACUAUUGAUGGAGAUUUGUGUGAGACCUUUCUUAGCUUGUAUCCGAGCGAACAGCAGUUCCUUUGCCAAAGUAUGAUGGGAGAACGAAAGGGCAGUGUUUCGUCUAUUGCCCGGGAUAUUAACGAAAUGAGAGUGAACUAUGUAUAA